AUGAAUUUUAUAAAUAGAUUUUUAGAAUCAAGAUCUCAUCAAUUAUUACUCCAUAUUUUUAAUUAUUUAAAAAAAUCUUCAAGAGUUGAGAAAGUGGGUUAAUCCUUAGAAAAAUGGAAAAUUAACAAACCGGAAUUCAUUGCUUUGAUCAUUAAUUCUUUAGAAAGAUCUCUUAUUUAAACUUAAAAUCUAGCAGUUAUAAAUAAAAAUUAUAGUCAAACUCCUAUUACUAUUUUGAAUGAAUAUUGUAAUUAAAAUUGCUUUAGAAUUAUUAAAAUUGGUAAUAAGGGUUAUUUAAGUUAAUAAAUAUAAAAUUAUAUAUCUCUAUACCAUCGUUGGAAAUAUGGGAUAUACUUAGGCUUUUUUUGA